AUGGGCUCUGAUGCAUUGGCUGCAAUGGAGACCGCAAUUAGCGACGGAGCUGACGUUUUGUCUCUCUUGUUUGGCUACCUCUUACCUCCCUAUUUCCAAGAUACAAUAGCCACCGGUGCCUUUGCGGCUAUAAAGAAAGGCGUUGUCGUUGUAUGCUCUGCAGGGAACAGCGGGCCGGAGCGGGGACGCAUGCACAAUGGUGCACCUUGGAUUUUCAUGAUCGGUGCCAGCACGAUCGACAGAGAUUUUGUUGCUUCUUUGAAGUUGGGUGACGGUAGCGUCAUCAAAGGCUCCUGCUUCUAUACUAAUCCAAACAAAAACGGGAGCUACAACAUACAUCAAACCAAGAUCAUUUACGAGAGUGGAGACCCUGCAUGCAAGAGGCACUUCGAUGCUGCUACGGUGAACGGUACGGUUGUCUUGUGUGCAAAUAUGAAUUCUUUGCUUAUACAAGUUUUGAAACGAGCAGGAGUUCGGGCACUUGUCUCAUUGCCCAAGACCGAGAGCUUUUCGUCAUUUCCAGAUGACAAUUUUCCCAAUAUCGUGAUGAAACCCGAAGAUGGAGUAGGUUUAGUGAAGUAUGCUUCUUCAGAUUCAAGUCCUAUUGUCGAAGUACAGUUGGGCCUGACGUCUCUAGGUGUGAAACCUGCGCCUUCAAUGGCAUCUUUUUCUUCUCGAGGGCCAUAUCCACCGAGCCCAAAUAUUAUGAAGCCUGACGUUACAGCCCCUGGUGUUAAUAUUUUUGCAGCGUGGCUUCCAAAUACCACAGAGGGAGACAAUUAUGCUAUCCUCUCAGGCACGUCCAUGUCAUGCCCUCAUGUGGCCGGAUUGGCAGUUCUGAUGAAAGCAAUUCACAGCGAGUGGAGUCCCGCAGCAAUCAAAUCUGCCAUCAUAACCACUUCCUACAGACUCAGCAAUUCCAACAAAGCUAUAAUGGACCUUGGCUACAGAGGUAACCCUGCCACGCCUUUUGAUAUGGGAGCAGGCCACGUCGACCCUAAUAAAGCCGUCGAUCCUGGACUCGUCUACGACAUCAGCGUCGAAGACUAUGCCAAUUAUCUGUGCACUCUCAAUUAUACCACCAAGCAAAUUCAAACAAUUACCGGAACCCCUGUUUCAUGUCCUAGCGGCCUCGAUUUGGGAUCGGACGGUCUAAACUAUCCCUCCUUCACUGCAAUUUUCAACAAGAAUGCCACCUCGUCCUCGUCUUCCACAUUCAAAAGAACAUUGACGAAUGUGGGAGACGACAUAUCGUAUUAUAAGGCUGUCCUUGAGGUACCCAAAGGACUCAAAGUGCAGGUGAUUCCUGAUGCUGUUGAAUUUAAGAAGAAAUUUGAGAAGGUGAAUUUUACUGUCGUAGUGGAGGUAGAGGAAGGUGUGGGAAACGAAUUUGUGUUGUACGGAUAUUUGACUUGGGUUGAUGAAAAUGGCCAUGUGGUGAAAAGUCCUGUGCUGGCACUCUUUCAAUAA